AUGACUAAAUUAAAACGAAAAGGCGAGGCCGCCGUGUCAACCACUGCCGUCACAAUCAACAAGGUGUCGCAACACACGUGUUUUUCAGCGGAUAUAUCUGUAUGUAAUCUCAAACACGGGUUGCCCACCGAAUCAAGUGACAAUGUCAAAGGUACAGUUGUAUCAAAAGGCCUAGAAGCAGUACGUGCAUUAGCAAUGGAGGUGGAGCAAAGGGAUGACCACGAAUCAGGGGGUGGCAUUAUCAGGAGGAAUAUACUGAUACUCUUGAUCUUUUACUUACCUGUGAUCGGAUUUAUCAUCGGGACAACAUACUUGGCUGCAAAGCUAGCUAACGAUAGACCGUCGCGAAAUCUGCCGCUGCUAUAUAAGAAACCAGCCAAUGACGACAUUUUUUGCUUGCUAGUGAUCCCACCCCUGACAUACGUGGCUAACAUGCUCACAGUGCAGUAUUCUUCACGCAUACAUGGGAUCAAGUUCAUGCUUGGUAUCGAGCUUCUCCUUGUCGGACAGAUCUGGGCUGCAAUGUCCAAUCGCGUGGGGCUUAUGUACGUGAUGUUUAUCAAAGGCAGUUAUACACCCAGCUACAAGAUAUUCUUGCUCAAGGCCGUCUCAAUGGUAAUGGUAUUCCAGGAGCUUCCCUUUAUUGUCGCUGUGACCGUGUCCUUCCCAAAGUACACGUGGAUGAUAAAAUGGGGUGCAAUCACAUACGGGAUGACAACGCUCGUCGAGAUUGCGGUGUAUGUGGUGAGAAUGGGCAGUGCUGUUCGGCUGUUCGUAGACUUCGAAAAUGUUGUGCGGAUGAUGAUUAUGCAGGUGAUCUUAUUUAGCAUUGGCAUAAUACUGUACUACCAGUUUCCUGAUGGCAGGGCAUUCAUUCGAUACAAUCAAACGAUGAUUCUUGUAUGGCAACUUAUCUUCGAGAUGUUUGGAUCCAAUUUGUGGAACGAAUUUGCAUUAUUUUUCGGGUUGAAAAGCUGUAUCAUCGGCCAGAACAAACUUAUCUGUAAGGCGUAUGACUUGGUAGAUCCGCGUGGACGUCUGGAUUCCAUCCUAGACGAUGACGAGCUGUACCCCAUUCUACUCAGAAUAGCACGGGCCAGAUACAUGGACGAGAACUUCAUGUUUUUUCAUGAUACGAGGGAUCUCAGAGGACGAGCAGGGUCGGAGCAAGCAAAGCGCUUGCGUAAUGGAGAUUUAGAGGCCACGAGCGCAGCUAACGCUCGCGUGCAAACUGUACUGCAGGACUACGUGGUAGUUGGUGCGAUGUACCCUGUUAACUUGCCGUCCCGGCUUUUGAAGCCAUUGCGCGAGUUCGGUGAGGAAGCACAAAACUUCCCAGCUACAAAUGUUUUAGCAGGGGAUGCAGUGUGUGAUCUGUUAUCGUCUGCACGUGCAUAUAUAGCGGCUUUGAUUGAUCAGAGUCUUAUCAUGAAUGUGUUUUCACAGCACAGGGAUGUGCUAGACGUUUUGGAAAGUAGGAAACACAGACUAUUGCUGUCCUGUGGUUCGGCUGCGGUAUUGGUAGAACCUGCCAGCAUGUAGUUAAGCGUACAAAGAGGGUGCGUGGAAACCUUUACUCGCACCAUCCUUGCUGACAACGAAUCAAUACUAUUCACACAGAAAUGUCAACAAGGAUAUCUGAC